CGCUGCCGUCGUGGCCACUUUGUGCCGACACUGUGGCCAGCGCCCCGCUGCCAUGGAGCUGGUCCUGAGGCCUCCCCCCCUCCUGCUGCUGCUGCUGCCGCCGCUGUUGCAACCCCCGCAGCCGGGCCUGGCCGCCGCUGGCCCGGUCCAUGGGGGCCCUCGCCAUCGUCCAUCCUGGAAACCAGCUGGAGCCUGUACUUCAGGCUCUGCGACGAAGCAUCCGAGGCAAGAGGGCAAGGAGGCCUGGGGAUACGUGGACGUGAGGAGCAAUGCCAGCAUGUUCUGGUGGCUUUACUAUGCCAACGAUCCCUGCAAGACGUUCACGGAGCUGCCGCUGAUCAUGUGGCUCCAGGGAGGGCCUGGGGGCUCCAGCACUGGAUUUGGAAAUUUUGAAGAAAUCGGUCCCCUCAAUAAGGAGCUCAAGCCCAGGACAACCACCUGGGUGCAGGCAGCCAGCAUCCUGUUUGUGGAUAACCCCGUGGGCAGCGGGUUCAGCUACGUGAAUCAAAGCGACGCAUACGCCAGAAACCUCUCCACCGUGGCUGCUGACAUGCUGGUUCUCCUGAAGACAUUCUUCGAAAAACAGACGGAAUUUCAGACUGUUCCGUUCUACAUCUUCUCCGAAUCUUAUGGGGGAAAAAUGGCCGCUGGCAUUGCUCUGGAGCUCCACAAGGCUAUUCAGCGGGAUGGCAUAAAGUGCAACUUUGCUGGGGUCGCCCUGGGUGAUGCCUGGAUUUCUCCACUGGAUUCCGUGCUGUCCUGGGGGCCUUAUCUCUACAGCACUUCCCUCCUGGAUGACCAAGGUCUAGCGGAGGUGAUGUUGGUUGCUGAGCAGAUCGAGGAUGCCAUAAACAAAAACCAAUACUCUAAGGCCACCCAGCUGUGGAAUAAAGCAGAGGAGAUCAUCGAAGAGAACACAGAUGGGGUGAACUUCUAUAACAUCCUAACAAAAACCCCUGAAACUUCCGCCAAGAAGACGAGCCCGGAAUUUUCCCAGAGCCACCUAGUCUCCCUCUUUCGCCGCCACGUGAGACAGCUGGAGGAGGACAGCUUAAGCGCCCUCAUGAACGGACCUAUCAGGAAGAAGCUCCAAAGCAUCCCCGACGAUGUCACUUGGGGAGGGCAAUCUUCCCUUGUCUUCCUAAACAUGGAGGAGGACUUCAUGAAGCCUGUGAUUAACAUCGUGGACCAGCUGCUGGAGGCCGGGAUCAAUGUCACCAUAUAUAAUGGGCAACUGGAUCUCAUCGUGGACACCAUGGGGCAGGAGGCCUGGGUACGGAAACUAAAGUGGCCCCAGCUUGGCCUGUUCAGUAAGCUGAAGUGGAAGGCCCUGUACAACGACCCAAAACGUUGGGAGACAGCUGCGUUCUUUAAGACCUACCAGAACCUGGCGUUCUAUUGGAUCCUCAGGGCCGGACACAUGGUGCCGUCGGACCAGGGAGACACGGCCCUGAAGGUGGCGAAGAUGGUGACCCAGCAAAUCGAAAACUGAGAGGGGCAGGGGGUCGGGUUGGGAGGCCGGCCCGGGGGACGCCCCGACGGGACGGCGGGGACACUGGCCGUCCUGCGUCCAUUGGCUUUCAUCGCCUCCUAUCCCGUGGAGGUGCUAAAGAGCCAAACUGGGCAGGCCGGCUGGCAGACGGCUUCCCGAGCCGCCCUAGUCGACUGCACUACUCCCAUCUCUCUGUCAACCAAAGAGUCGGCGUCACUUCCUGCCGUGCCUAGGGGGUCGUGUCUCUGACCUUGCUGUUGGUAGCAGAACGAGAUUUCAAAGCACCGCGGGCUGUUAAUCAAUCAGUAGUAUGUAGUGAACCCCUACUCUGGACAGGGCACUGAACUGAGCCCAUGGGAGAGUACAGUACAGUUACUAUGCACAAUCCCUGGCCUGAGGGGAUUACAAUCUUUGUGCAGAUCACAAUAUUACACUUGCUACAAUUGAGUUAGUGGACUGUCCUUAACGACCUUACAAUCUACUGUGGGCAAAGCAUUUUACUAACCGGAGCGGGGAGUACCGUUGAAUUGGUAGAUAUGACCCCGGCCCUCAGGGAGCUUACAGAACGGCGGGCUCCUGUCAGAUGCAGUCAGCAUUACCCUUUCUGAUUCUUUUUUCAUUAAAGCCUAAAUUUCAGAUUCC